AUGGACGGCAGCGUGGACGGCGUGCCUGUCGGUGUCGACUGCCUGGCGGCGGCUGGCGAGUCGUGGCGGCGAGCGGAUGCUGGCGCAGACGACGGGUCGGAGGCUGGAGACGACGGGCUUGAUAUUGCUCACCUGGAUGCGGCUUGCGAGUCUUGGCAGCGGGUGGAUGCUGGUGCAGGCGGCAGUGUGGACGGUGCGCCUGUCGGUGUCGACUGCCUGGCGUCGGCUGGCGAGUCGUGGCGGCGAGCGGAUGCUGGCGUGGACGACGUGGCUUGGCCAGACACCCAUGCCGAGCCACACCCCACCACGUCGGACUCGGAUUCUGCCUCCAUCGCUGGCGCCGCUGUCACCGCGGAUAUCUCCGACGUGUUCGAGUCAUCGUCGGGUGCCGCUGACUUUACGGCCGCUGUGGCCUGGUCAGACGACGAGACGCCGCGCCAGGACAAGGCGCUUGCCCCGAGCUCGACUGACCGCCUUGCUGCUGCUGUCCUCGGGUGGCGCAUCCGCGUCGCUUUCUCCUCGACUCGCAUCUCGCAGCUCCUCGUACAGAUCACCGCACUCACUGCUGAGGCGGCUGCCGAGGCAGCUGCCGAUGACACGCCUGCUGACGCCGAGCGCCGCCGCCGGGUGGUGGCGACCAAGAAGGAGAUCCUCUCGGUCCUGCUCACUACGCCGGCUUCGCUUGCCGCCAUCUUUGUGGCCACCCUGCAGCGUGACCGCGCCACGCGCCUCGCCGUCUCCGCCAACACGUCUGCUCCCGACGACGCCUUUCAGCUUGCUCCGUUGCGGCCGUUCUCCUGCGACACCGCUGCCGCGCAGUGGUCGGCGCUGGUCCUCGACGACGACCAGAUCGCCUUUGUCGACUCGCUCGCCCACACCCGCGCCUCCCGCGCCGCACGACUCCAGGAUCUCGCCUCGCUCGCCCACGCCGCGCUCCUCGAUCCACGUCGCGCAUAAAUCGCGAU